UUACGACAUUUGGGUUGUUUUAUUGUCACUUUUUUUUCAGCUUGGAGUCAAAUUUGUCCAAGUGUAAUGCCGUACCUUUUGCGUCGUACUUGUAUUGCCGCGUACGUCUUGACGUAACAACACGUCACCAAAUUGUUCUUCCGGAAUUAGCAAAGCGCAUUCAGAAAUCUCGACACAGUAGUCUCUUAAGUGAUUACAGGUUCGCUUCCCAUUAAACUCGUUCAGGUGCUCGUUGAAUCUUUUCGAGCUCAUUGUAGCUCAUCUUAUUCGAGCUGCUUUUAGUUUAGCUUUUCGUUCUGGCCGCUAACAAAGGAGACGCUUUUUAAAAAAUAUAUCAACAUAUCGCUCAGUACAAGCGGGAGCGUAAAGCGUUGUGAUUAUCGUAUUAAAAAUGUUUGCAAGAAACAAAGUAAGGUACGAGAGGCAACUUGUUCGAACAAAAGCGGAGAGCGGUCCACACGGAAGAGACGUCAGUGAAAAAUACCUUCAUCCUGACCAGCAGGAGCCAGAGUCCCGUGACAUGAAAGAGGAGCAGGAUUUGGAGCCUAUUCAAGUUAAAGCUGAGGAGGAGGAGCAGCAGCCGCCGCCGCCCCCCCGCAGCAAAAAUCAAGAGGAGCAGCAGCCAGCACGCAUUAAAGAGGAGGAGGAUUUCACGGAAUUGCCAGUGACUGGUGUCCAUUUGAUGACUGAGGAUGAAGGUCAAUAUGGGGCGGGGAACGAAGGGGCGGAGCCUCCAAACAACCCCUCGAGACAACAAACGACAACCGCAGAUGAUCAAGACCACCGCGGAGGAUCGCCGGCAGACGGCCUCUUUGCUCCGAAAUCAGAUGGUGACGACGCAACGUCACACGCUCCUCACAGUGAUGACGACAACGAGGACGAUGACCAAGACGUCUGCGAACAACAUCUUGCUCCUGAGCCGCAGGAGCCCGAGUUGUGUGACAUUAAAGAGGAGGAGGAGGCGUUGGAGGCCCCCCGUGUCAAAACGGAGGAGCAGCCGCAGCCUUCAUACAUUAAAGAGGAGGAGGAUUUCACAGAAUUGCCAGUGACUGGUGUCCAUUUGAAGACCGAAGAUGAAGGUCAAUGUGAGGGGGAGAACCACGGGGCGGAGCCUCCAAGCAGCAGCUCAAGUCAACACGUGAAAACAGAAGGCGACGGCGACCACCAUGGAGCGCCACGAGCAGACAGCCUGUUAGCGCCACUAUCAGAUAGCGACGACAUCGCGUCAGACUCUCCUGACACCGAGGAUGAGGAUGAGCAGUCGGAAGGUGAUCUGACACAUCACACUGACAGAAAACGCUGGGACUGUUCUCAGUGUGGGAAGACUUUUGUCUACAGGUCUCUUUGGAAAAUGCACAUGAUUGUCCACACCGGAGAAAAACCUUUUACCUGCUCAAUUUGUGGUCGAAAAUUCUCUCAAAAGGGAAGCUUAAGACGGCACACCAUUACACACACGGGAAAGAAAGCUUUUGCCUGCUCCGUGUGCGGUCAACAAUUCUCUCAAAAAGGAAGCUUGAGGAGACACACGAUAACGCAUACGGGAGAGAAAGCGUUUGCCUGCUCAGUGUGCGGCCUAAGAUUCUCCUAUCGACACACUUUGGCCAAUCACACAAGAACGCACACUGGUGAGAAAGCGUUUGCCUGCUCAGUGUGUGACCGAAGAUUCUUUCAAAAGGUACACCUCACCUCGCACACGAGAACACACACAGGAGAGAAACCUUUUGCGUGCGCAUUCUGCGACCUCCGAUUCUCUGUCAAAGGAAAUCUUAGAAUCCACACGAGAAUACACACCGGAGAGAAACCUUUUGCCUGUUCGGUAUGCGCUCAAAGGUUCUCCGAAAGCCGCGUUUUGACGACGCACAUGAGAACGCACACCGGAGAGAAACCUUUUGCCUGCUCGGAUUGCGGCCGCAGCUUCUCCACAAAGGCAAACUUAAAAACGCACACGAGAACGCACACGGGCGAGAAACCCUUUGCCUGCUUGGUGUGCGGUCAAAGAUUCUGUGAGAGGCGCACUUUGACCACGCACACGAGAACGCACACUGGAGAGAGACCUUUUGCUUGCUCGCUGUGCGGUAAAAGAUUUUCUUCGCGCAGGUACUUCCAAGCGCACGCCAGAACGCACACCGGUGAGAAACCCUUUGCCUGCUCAGUCUGCGGCCAACGAUUCGCUCACCAAGGCAACUUAAACCGUCACACGAAAGCGCACAGCGGAGAGAAGCCGUAUACUUGCUCGGUGUGCGGCAAAGGAUUCCCUCGAAAAGAGACGUUUAGGGCACACUCAAAAACACACACUGGCUGCUCAGUAUGCGGUCAAAGUUUCUCUCGUAAGGAUCAGGUCAAAAGACAUAUUUGCGCUGGUGAGCGCAGCAGAGAUCAAUGACCGUCGAAAUGAAAAUGGACAUUCGUAUUUGACAUUCACUGACGCCGACUUGAAACAUUGUCGGAAUCUAUCGACGCUUUUGUAUUCUGCCGCUCGUGUUCUCGGUAUCUUCUUCAGAGCCUCCUGCGGAAAAGGGUUGUCGACUAGCACUCGUGCUAAACCGAUGAAGGCAACGUGUCUAGUUUCUCUCACGUUUUGGUGAUGUCCAUGUCACUCAAGUGGACGAUUGACUGAAAAACCUUUUAGUUUAUUCUGAUCAGAUGGAAAAGUGUAAAUAGGAUCCUGAAUAAAAUACCGUAAUCCA